AUGGCACUCUUCAGCAAUGCGCUCGAUUUAAAGUGUCAUUCACAACGCCCCACACCCAAACUAGCAUUCUGCAGUUUCGUCGCGUCAGCAAAGUCCUCAGAGGUGCUUGCACAGUCGGGUCACUUGGCCGUCUCAGCUCCGUCCCAGAUCAUUGGCCGAUUCCAACAGCUCAAGACCUUGUCCCAUGAUAACCUUUGCGAGUAUGUGGAGAUUCAUAGGGGAAAGCAUGACAGGCUUUUUGUGGUAACCGAGUACUAUGAUCAAUCUCUUCAAGAUAUCCGCAAUACACAAUCCUCCCCUGUCAGCAUAAGCACCUUACGACAAUACGCAUGGGAGAUCUUUUCAGCGCUCGCUUACCUUCAGCAACACAACAUUAUUCAUGCCGCCUUGUCACCGCAUAAUGUCAUGCUCACAGAUGAUAAUCACAUCAAACUUUGUGGCUAUGGUCUCUAUCACAUGACUGGACACACUGUCGACGUCGAAUUCCCAAUAGGGUAUCCAAGCUACAUGUCACCAGAAUCAAUCCUUGAUGAGAAUCCCCCAUCGAUCUAUCAUGAUAAGCGAGAUUGUUGGGCAGUGGGCGUGAUGCUUUUGGAACACUAUUGUCGUAGCUCAUUUUGGACAACAUCGGACGUGGGCCUCAUUUUCGACUCGCUAGCAACCUUGAAUGAAUGGGCCAAUGAAGACAAGACGCAUGAACAAGCGAUAUGGAACCAUCCGGAUAUUUCCACACUUGACAUUAACAAGGAUGUCCUUUCGUUUUUGCAAGGAAAUGGGGAGAUUGAUGAUAGCGAUUCAGACAUCCAUAUGUUUCGCCAAUUUAUACUCGAUUGUCUCGAAAUAUUACCUUCACGUCGCCCCACCUUGCAACAAAUACUUGCACGACCCAUGUUCAAUGCUAUGAAGGAUGCAACGAAUCAUCAUCCUUGGGUAUCAGCGCCGAUCACUGCAUCCGACCAACUUGAUCCUGAACGCGAAUCGCCAUCGAAUGAAAAGCCAGCCGAUGUUCUCAGUCAGCUUCCAGUAUCGCACAUUUAUCAUUUAUGGCGUUUGGCUGGAGGAGAUGUAGAACUCAACUUGGUCAAACGGGGUGUCUUUUUAUCCAUGCCAGUGAUUGAACGACUCCCUCGUGUUGGAUUUGUGGAUAAUGGUACUGAGAUUGGCUCUGUCACGGUGGAUACCACACAACUGUACAGCGACACAAUGCACAUUUUGAGUUUCAAGGAGCUAUACCAACGCUUGGAGGAAGGCAAACGAUCUGAACAACGAUUUGAAUGGGAUACGGAUUAUUUCACUGUUGUGGAUGAAAACGAUGUCAACUUUUUGGCGGAUGGUAUCAAGGAAACAAUGACCUUUGAUCAUGAAGAGGACGACUUGGAUGAUGAUCUCAUAUUCAAUGAUGAACCAGCACCUCUUGCAACACCCGCUUUUGGUAAUGGUCCAUUGAGCAGCACAAUGACAACGAGCCCUACAACACCAUCGACAUCACGAUCUCUGAACAGGACGUUUUCUCUCACAAGCAUGACGCGAUCACGGUCCUCUUCUUCACUCUCGGUCGGCACACCUCCACCUUCCACUCCCACACUACCAACACAACCUUCGAUUCCACCAAGACGACCCUUAUCUUUACGAGAACAAGAUGUCAAUUAUCAACAUCAUCGACAAUUACUCUUUAGUCAACUAUUACGCCAAUACCCUGCAUCACGCAAAGAGAUUUUACAUCAUGCCAAAGUCGAUAUACCACCCGUACUACGAGGCAAGAUUUGGGCAGCUAUACUUGGUGUACGAGGAGACAUUCAAUCAGAAUACGACAAGAUUGACAAGUACAAUGACAUCAUUUCGGAUCGUCAGAUUGAUGUGGAUGUGCCACGCUGUCACCAAUACAAUCAACUACUUGCUUCAUCAGUGGGUCAUGAUAAACUACGUCGUCUCUUGAAAGCAUGGGUAUCCUCCAACAAGAGCAAAAACUGGGUUUAUUGGCAAGGGCUGGAUUCCUUGUGUGCACCUUUCCUUACGCUCAACUUUAAUGAUGAGGCUGUUGCGUUUGAAUGCUUGCAAAAGUUCAUUCUCAAGUUCCUCAACAACUUUUUCCUCAAAGACAGCAAACCCGUGCUCGAUGAUUAUUUUGCAGUGUUUCGGCAUUUACUCAGUUUCCAUGACCCUGAACUCUCUUCCCAUAUUGAUGCUAUUGGUUUUAUGCCUGAUCUAUAUGCCAUCCGGUGGUUUUUGACCCUCUUUACACAUGUGUUUCCAUUGGAUAAGGUUUAUCAUUUGUGGGACAAGUUUGUUGUGGGCCCUGCAUCGCUUCCUUUGUUUGUUGGUGUCGCCAUCUUGCGCCAGAUCCGUGAUGACCUUCUCAAAUAUGAAUUCAAUGGCUGCAUCUCUCUUUUUUCGGAAAACUUUCCAAAGAUCGACAUUGAACGAUGCAUUCAAAGCGCCAUGAAUAUGUGCAAAGUGACCCCACCGAGUAUUGUAGCAAUGCAACCCAUUAGUCCUAGCCCAACACCUGAGCCACAACAGGAUUGGUGGGACAAGCCAUUGUCUAUUGACAUUCGAAAGCAAGAACUCGCACCACGGAUAGCCAUGAAGGAUUUCCCAAAGAUUGCACCCUAUACGCUCGUACUGGAUAUUCGAUCGGAUAAAGACUUUGCCAAUGGUCACGUGGUCUCUUCAAUGAACGUACAAGCACCACAGCUCCCAAGUUAUGCAUCGAUACUGAAAAAGUUGAAUCGGAAAUACCAUGUUGUCGUUGGGGAUGACCAAGAAGCCCCUCAGUUUGCCACCGAACUUUUACAAGAGCAUCGAUUUCCAAGGACGGUGGUCUUACAUGGGGGUAUUGAAGCUGCCGAGAGGUAUUACAAGAAUACCGGUAAUCGACAAUUAUGUACUUGCCGUCCACAAAAACAAACGACAACCAGCUACAAAGGCAAAGGAUCCGAACCACCUUUUGUUAUUUGGCGUUGCAAGGUACCCACACCUUUGUAUAAGCGAUAG